GAGGUACGAAGAGGGGUUAUGCUUUUGGUGAAAGUGGAAAUGAAGGGGGGGAAAGGGGAAAAAAAUGGGAAAUAGGUUGGUGUGCUCCCGGGGGGGGUGUCGGGAGCGAGCGCGCAUGUGAGGAGGUGCGGGGCGGGAGGGACUGGCUGCGCCGGAGCCCGGCUCGUCCUCCCUUUCUCUCAGCAUCCUCCGGUGCUCCUGGAGGUGAUACAGGCACAGCAGCAUCCAUGGCCUGCCCUUAGCCUCUGCACUUGGCUUUUUCCCCUCCUCGUUAUUCCGGCAGCUGAGCGGGAUCGGAGGCUUUUGGUCGAAGGGCUCCCGUUAAGCAUCUGGUAACUGGGAUCGUAUUCUCCUGUAUUUUUUCAGGCUCCUUGGAAAUUGAGGAAUGCAAUUCUGCCACCAUGAUGGAAGGAUUGAAAAAACGUACAAGGAAGGCCUUUGGUAUACGGAAGAAAGAAAAGGAUACCGAUUCCACAGGGUCACCAGACAGGGAUGGCAUUAAGAAAACGAAUGGAGCACCGAAUGGAUUCUAUGCGGAGAUCGACUGGGACAGAUACAAUUCACCCGAGCUUGAUGAGGAGGGGUACAGCAUCCGACCUGAGGAACCAGGCUCUACCAAAGGAAAGCACUUCUACUCCUCGAGUGAAUCCGAAGAGGAAGAGGAGGCGCACAAGAAGUUCAACAUCAAGAUCAAGCCUUUGCAGGCUAAAGACAUCCUGAAGAGCGCGGCCACGGUGGACGAGCUGAAGGCAUCAAUAGGCAACAUUGCACUUUCUCCAUCCCCUGUGAGGAGAAGUCCGCGGCGCAGCCCGGGGACGAUUAAAAGGAAUUUAUCCAAUGAGGAGAUCUCACGGCCCCGGCGCUCCACACCAACACCAGACCCUGCCAGCAAGAAAGCCGUGGAGGACCCGGCUGCACUGGCACCGCUCUUUGGGCCCCCGCUGGAGUCAGCAUUUGAGGAGCAGAAGCUGGACGCCACUCUCGAUCAGCCUGAGAUAUGGGGUUCGGUCCAGCCUGUCAACGCAAGCAUAGAGUCCCCAAAGCUACCGAGACCUUUUCCAACUGGAACACCUCCACCGCUCCCACCGAAAAACAUCCCGGCCACGCCGCCACGCACCGGCUCUCCUCUGACAGUGGGAAUAGGAGGGGACCAGACAGCAGCAGAGGUCAAAAGUGACAAACUCCCGUCCAUCAAUGACUUGGACAGCAUCUUUGGCCCCGUGCUCUCCCCCAAGUCUGUUGCUGCUAACGCAGGAGAUAAGUGGGUCAAUUUUUCCGAUCAAUCCCCGGAAAGCGUGACUCCGGAGCGGACGCCCCGGGACAAAGCAGGGUCCCCGGCAGCGGGCAGCCCGGCCGGUGCUCCAGCAGCCGAGCCCUCGCGCCCGCUCCCCUCGCCGCUCCACCUGGAAGAGGUUCACAAGAAGGUCUCCGAGCACCUUAAGGAGGAUAACUUGGAGCCGGUCGCCUCUCCCAAAGAUUUUGGGCUGGGACAAAGAGCGACCCCGCCUCCCCCUCCGCCUCCCACCUACCGCACGGUGGUCUCCUCACCCGGACCGGGCGGCAGCAGCGGCACGGGCAGCACCAGCGGUUCCUCAUCCCCGGCUCGCCCCGGCACGCCGCUGGCUACCUGCAGCACCCCACCACCGCCACCACCCCGGCCCCCCUCCCGGCCCAAGCUGCCCCCCGGCAAGCCCGCUGUCGCCGAUGUGUCCAGGCCUUUUAGCCCUCCUAUUCACUCCUCCAGCCCUCCUCCGAUAGCACCUUUAGCCCGGGCUGAAAGUACUUCUUCCAUAUCUUCCACCAACUCCCUGAGUGCAGCCACCACUCCCACCGUUGAAGAUGAUGCUUUUAUUGACAAACUGCCCACGUUUGAAAGGCGCUGUGAGACGCCUGCAGAGAAUGAACAGCCUUCCCUCGUUUGGUUUGACAGAGGAAAGUUUUAUUUGACUUUCGAAGGCUCAUCGCGGGGCCCCAGCCCCCUGACCAUGGGGGCACAGGACACCCUGCCCGUCGCUGCUGCCUUCACGGAAACUGUCAACGCGUACUUCAAAGGGGCUGACCCAAGCAAGUGUAUUGUGAAGAUCACGGGGGAGAUGGUGCUGUCGUUUCCUGCGGGCAUCACCCGACACUUUGCGAACAACCCCGCUCCGGCGGUGCUCACCUUCCGCGUGCUGAACUACAACAGGCUGGAGCACGUCCUGCCAAACCCCCAGCUCCUCUGCUGUGACAACAUCCAGAGUGACACCAACACGAAGGAGUUCUGGGUCAAUAUGCCAAAUCUGAUGACUCACCUAAAGAAGGUAUCGGAACAGAAACCACAAGCCACCUAUUACAAUGUGGAUAUGCUCAAAUACCAGGUAUCUGCCCAGGGUAUUCAGUCUACUCCAUUAAACCUUGCAGUGAACUGGCGGUGUGACCCUGCAAGCACUGACCUCCGCAUCGACUACAAAUACAAUACAGAGGCAAUGACCACACCAGUAGCUCUAAACAACGUCCAGUUCCUCGUCCCUGUCGACGGAGGAGUAACCAAACUUCAAGCUGUGCUUCCUCCUGCUGUCUGGAAUGCUGAACAGCAAAGGAUAUUGUGGAAGAUCCCUGAUAUCUCUCAGAAGUCAGAAAACGGAGGUGUGGGGUCUCUGCUGGCCCGAUUCCAGCUCUCGGAGGGGCCCAGCACCCCGGCCCCCCUGGCCGUGCAGUUCACCAGCGAGGGGAGCACGCUGUCCAGCUGCGACAUCGAGCUCGUCGGCGCCGGCUACCGCUUCUCCCUCAUCAAGAAGAGGUUUGCGGCAGGUAAAUACUUGGCCGAUAACUGAAGGAAGCUUAUGCAAGUCUAUGGAAAAUAAUAUGGAAAAAUACCCAAGGACUGCUGUGCGUGGAACGGGUUUUAAUUACAGUUUAAGGAAAAUGAACUAAAUCCUGCACUCGGGACAUUUCUGUUGGAAGUGUCGACAACUUUCAGCAUUUUUUUUCCUUGGAAAACACCGUCUUGACCAGUCCUACAGUAUUUACUUCUAGAUGUAACAUUGUUAAUGGUUUUAAAAUGUAAUUAUUGUAUUUGUAAAUUGUACUCAUUCCAGUAAGGCUGUAUUUUGGCAGUUAGACACUUGAGUUUUAGCAUUUUACCAUUCAUGAAAUGGAUGUAAUUUAAACUGUGGUAUAUAAAUUUAAUAGUAGUACUGUUGAAUGGCACAAUGCUUACAGAGGUAGAUUACAUUUUGUCAAUAUAUACGAUUUAAAUACAAUACUGAUAGCUGUUAUGAAGGGGGUGCCUCAUAAAAAGAGAGUUAACUACAACUGACAUGCUGAUUUAUUUUUACUUCAGUCCUUGGUACGUCUCACGGUGAUGAAUAAAAAGCUCUAUCUUCAGGUUUAGCUGGUUUACCUCCAGGUGGAUAUUGAUGUAAAUGUGGAGGUUCCUAAUUCAGUCUUUCAGCAAAAUGCAGGGAAAAAAAGUAACUUCAAAGAGUAUUUCCUUCAAAUUUCCAUUACAAAAACCUCCUUCAAGUGUUCUCCUGCAGACACAGAUUAACCCUCAGGAGUGCCAGCAGUGCGUGCACGGGCGACAAGCACUUCUCUUUCCCUCCUGUCCUUCCCUUUUGCAGGGAUGCAGAUAAGGAAAUAAGCAGGCUAAGAGGCUGGGUAGUAAAUCUGAGCUUACAGCACUGCCUGCAAAUGUGAUUGCUGUUUUUAAGGAUGCAUUUUCUGAGCAGUUCCCAGGUUUUUGGUCACAUUUUUUGGUCCUUUGCUUGCUUUUUCUGGUUUGGUUAUUUUUUUUCCCCAUUUUUGAAAGUCCCAUGGGUUUAGAUAAUGCUAAAGUGGAAGUUGUGGGGCAGAAAUUGCCCCUCUGUGUUUUCGCUGAGCCGAUGUGGUCUCCUGCACUGUGUGCUGCUCAUCCCUGUGCAUCGCCUGUGAGAAUCUGGUGAUAAAGGGGAAAAAAGAAGUGAUCUUUCCAAAAUUAAAUGCACUUGAUGUUCAGAUGCACAGAGAAGCAUGGGAGCAUCUGCUGAACAGGGUGCUGGGACUUCAGAAAUGUAUAAGAUGACAAAUAGUGCUAAUUUUACAGUCACAAAUGUUGCCAGGAUUAAGCUUGUGCAUUUGCAUUGGAAAACUUCAGACUGUGCAUGCUGGGAAGCGCUUGCUCACAGAGCAGUUUGGAGGGAGGUAAGAAAACAGAAGUCCAUGCCCAUCUUACAGGAAAAUAAGAAAAUCUGGAGAUAUUUCAGGUCUAAGAUGAAUCCCAGGCUGAGAUACAUACGUUAGGAUGGUUGAGUUGUGUGCAUGCUCACAAAAGGUAUCAACACAGAAUCAUAGAAUCCCAGCCUGGUUUGUGUUGGAAGGGACCUUAAAGCUCAUCCAGUUCCAACCCCCUGCCACGGGCAGGGACACCUUCCACUAGAGCAGGUUGCUCCAAGCCCCUGUGUCCAACCUGGCCUUGAACACUGCCAGGGAUGGGGCAGCCACAGCUUCUCUGGGCACCCUAUGCCAGCGCCUCAGCACCCUCACAGGGAAGAGCUUCUGCCUCAGAGCUCAUCUCAAUCUCCCUUUGUCAGCUUAAAAAGAAGAUUAAGCACAAUUCAGUUAUGCAGCUUCAUUUCCCUUUGCAGUUUUUGAAAGUACACUUGCUGGUACUCCUAGAGGGGGUGUUCAACUCAGUUAAUAAUUUUUCCCCUGAAAUAGGAAUAUGUAUAAACUGUGUAUCCUACCCCUUUGUGACACAGGAAUAUAGGGCAAAAUAUAAGAAUCAGUUUUUGCAUAAUCAGUUGAUGCUGUGUACAAUUGUUAUAAACUCAUGCUUCCAAAAGGGAUCUAUGCCCUAGUCCUGAAAAUAAGGAUUUUAUAGUGUAAAUAUUACCAGAACAUAGCUAUUUUACUUCAUAGUUCAUUUGAAAGACAAUGUGUUUACAAUAGCAUUGGGGUUUUAAAUGCUUUUUAAACAAAAAAGCCCAUAACCCAAAGCUUCCCAGACUGUCUGUUUGUGCUGUCCCACAAAGCAGAGGUCGCCUCUACAGGUGUGCGGUGGUGCUGGGAUGCAGCCUGGGUAAAGAGAUGAAAAAGUCCUGCACCUAUUCUAUACAGUCCCCUUCCAGCCACCAGCAGGACACACCAAACAGCUAUUCCCAGCCCAUGACACUGGGAUCAAAGCCAGCAGUUUGGGGCAGUUUAGAUUUUUUCGUGUACCGCUUUUGCCAAGUUUUUGCAUGGUGGUGUACUUCACUAGGUGUUUGCUCAGGAGCAAAUUGCGUGUCUCCACUUUCCCUCCCAGCAUGACCUUUGUGAGGAGAUGCUGAUCCAUGUUGAUGGUUUAGUUUUCCUGCCUUGCUGGUGUCUGAGUGCCCCAGGGAUGUUUGUUUUUUUGAUGUUUCAUAGAAUCCCAGACUGGUUUGUGCUGGAAAGGAGCUUAAAGCUCAUGCAGUUCCAACCCCCUGCCACAGGCAGGAACACCUUCCACUAGAGCAGGUUGCUCCAAGCCCCUGUGUCCAACCUGGCCUUGAACACUGCCAGGGAUGGGGCAGCCACAGCUUCUCUGGGUACCCUGUGCCAGCGCCUCAGCACCCUCACAGGGAAGAGCUUCUGCCUCAGAGCUCAUCUCAAUCUCCCCCCUGUUUCAGACCAAUGUUCUUUAAUUAUAUUUCUUAAUAACUAUGAAAUUGCUCAGUAGUAUGAAAUACUACCACAUAAUAAGCUUUUAAUUUGAUUUUUGCAUUUGUUCUUAAAUAUCGCUCCCUUGUUUUAAAGCUUGUUUUUGCUGGGAGGCCACUGUCCAUUAAACUCCUAUUCCUGCCCAGUUGGUGUGAGUUCUCCGUGUGUACAUGUGUGGUUUCACUCCCAAAAGCUUUGUUACAUGAGCAUGAUCUCGUACUGAGUAAGUUACACAACUCCUGACACAGGCUGGUCUCAAUGAUGCUAGUGCUGUUAUCUGGUGUUUCAGUUAAUUUUGUCUUCAGUGUGCCGUUUCAGGAUUUAUCUAUUAGAUGGUUUUAAAACAUAGAUGGAAAAAAGAAGUUUUAUGCUAAAAUGACAUCCUGUUUUGGCCAGGCAGGGAAGGAUAGGGAAGGAAGGCAGUUUCCUUUUUCCAGGCACAUGGCACAGUGCAUUGCAAAAGGAAUCCUGCUCCAUUUCAUCUUAUUAUUUUGGAAAUACAGCCCAUGGGUCUGUUACCCAAACACCCAACAUCUACGUGAGAAAACCACUUCAAUACACUGAAUAUGGAGUGAUUUUUCCCUACCCUUUUCUUCAUUUUAUGUGAAAAUGUCUUGGUUAAAAACCUUAAUUUUGGAAGCUUAGAGUGACCAAAAUAUGUAACAUCACCACAUAGUACUUUCUCAGUAAGAAAUUACUGUCUCAAAGAUUUAAUUUCAUAACCAGAAUUCUUUUCUCACAAUUUCCCAAGGAAAGUCAUUCUCACAGAGCUGGGGAGUUUUUAUAAUCAUCAAUAUUUUAAUUCUUAUUUCACUGCAAGGCUAGGAAAAGAUCUGCAGAAAUACCCCCUGCCCUGUGCGACCCUAUCCCUUUAGAAGGGACUGCAGAUAAUGCUGCUGACAAUUGCUCUUAAAAUCACAAGCGUUCGUGUGACAAUGUUCUUCAAAGGCUUGCACUCAAGCAGGGCUUUAGGCCGAGCAUAUGUAAUAAAACAUACUGGAAUAUCUUACUUCUCCAUUAGAAAUCUCUCUGGACAUGGGGUGAAUGGUUGCAGACAUGCCACCCUGCUGUUGAGUUUGUAAUCCAUGUAGGAGGGGUUUUCCACUCCAAAACUCUUUAAGGUUGAUGAAAUUACUUGGUUGCUUGGAUGUCAUAAAACAUAUGGAGAUGUUAGUCGUGGUCUGAGAGAGGAAUUGGGUUGGGUUGUGGUUUGAAGCUCCAGUCCUGUGGCUAAGGGUUGGUGGGUGAAGGGCACAGAGAGCAGGAGAACCUCACUGUGACACCUCUGAACUCAGAGGAUGCCCCAGAAUUGAAUUGGAUUUCCCCAGGUAUCGCCCCAUAUCAUUUUAUGAACUCCCUCAUGUAUAAAAUGUUUAUAAAUAUUUGUGGAUUAAGAUACACAGGUCUAUUUUUAAGAUUUAAGUUAAAUAAGUUAAUUAAUGGCUGGCCUUUUUUGCCUAAACGUGCAAUGAGAUAUAUUAUACCUUUAGUCUAUGAUGGCCUAGGUACUGCUUAGUCUGUGAUGAAAACUUUGCUGCUUACCUACUGUUCUCAGAGAAAAAAACACUGUAAAAGACGUACAGGUUUGUUGCACACGGACUCUUGCAGCAAAGCUUUGUAUUUGACCACUGGUAAUAUGAAUGUGUUGUAUUGACUUGUUGAAGAUAAUCAUGAAACAACAUAUUUUAAAUGUUUACUUGCCUUAUAGAUUAGAAGACGACUAUGUGGAUAUCAUUUUUUGUAAAUAAUGUUUUUUAUAAAUGUCUCCCCUCCAUUCUCCCCAUCACCCAUUUCACAAAAUCUUGAAUAUGCAAUUAUUUACCAUGCAUAAUGUUGCAACAAAUGAAUCCCCACAUCAGAACAAAGUUUAUUGAUUCUAUACAUAAGAACCACAUUAAAUCCCCAAUUGAGUUGCAAUUUAAAUGUGAUUAUUAUUUUUUUUUCCUUGAAAAUAAACAAAAAACUGUAAAACAC